GAAGCACAGCAAGAUUCAUUCCAUCAGGAGUCUGACUGCACAGCCUUCAGAACAGCAUUCAGAGGUGCCAAAACAAGUCAGUGAUAGCUCUAGCUUUGCCUUUGGAGAUGACAGUGAUGCCACAGCAGUGCAGAGUUGCCGGCAAGGAAAGGAAUUGAAAGCUUCAACAGAAGACACUGGACAACACAGGAGCCCUUCCUUGAAGAAGAGCCCAAAGGAAAGCAGAAAGGUGGAUGGAGCAGUGGUGUCAACAGUGGAGGAAGAAGAGGAGACUACUAAGGAAAAGAUGCAGCAGAACAGACCUCAGUCACAGCAACCAAGCACAGGCUCUCUGACUGGCAGCCCUCACCUUUCAGAGCUUUCCAUCAAUUCCCAAGGAGGACCAUCCGUGGCAAAUAUGUCCUUAUCUCCAAACUUGAGCCCUGAUGCCAAGCAGGCAUCUCCCCUGAUCAGCCCUUUGCUGAAUGACCCAUCAUGCAUCAGGACUGAUGAUGAGGAAGAGGUCAAAAGGAAGAGAUUCCCAACUGAGAAGGCUUACUUCAUUGCUAAAGAAGUCGCAACCACAGAACGCACAUACCUGAAGGACCUUGAAGUCAUCACGUCGUGGUUUCAGAGUGCAGUGAAUAAAGAGGAUUGCAUGUCCGAUACACUGAAGAAUCUAAUUUUCUCCAACUUUGAACCUUUGCACAAAUUUCAUGCUGGUUUUCUCAAGGAAAUUGAGCAAAGACUUGCUCUGUGGGAAGGCCGCUCUAAUGCUCACAUUAAAGGAGAUUACCAAAGAAUCGGGGAUGUUAUGCUAAAGAACAUUCAGAGCAUGAAGCAACUGACGGUUCACCUGCGGAAGCACGACGAGGUCCUGGUGGAGCUGGAGAGCAGCAUCAGGGGCUCGCGCAAGCUGGAGACCUUCUGCAGGGACUUUGAGCUGCAGAAAGUCUGCUACCUGCCCCUCAACACCUUCCUGCUGCGGCCCCUGCACAGGCUCAUGCACUACAAGCAGAUCAUGGAGAGGCUCUGCAAGCACUACCCGCCCAACCACAUAGACUUCAGGGAUUCGAGAGCUGCUUUGGCUGAGAUUUCUGAAAUGGUGGCUCAGCUCCACGGCAAUAUGAUAAAGAUGGAGAACUUCCAAAAGCUGCAUGAACUCAAGAAGGACCUGAUAGGCAUAGACAAUCUGGUGAUCCCAGGAAGGGAGUUCAUUAGGCUGGGCAGUCUUAGUAAGUUGUCUGGAAAAGGUUUACAGCAACGGAUGUUCUUCCUGUUUAACGAUAUUUUGCUCUAUACCAGUAGAGGCCUGACAGCAUCAAAUCAGUUCAAAGUCCAUGGGCAUCUGCCACUCUAUGACAUGACAAUAGAAGAAAGCGAGGAGGAAUGGGGGGUUCCUCACUGCCUGACACUGCGGGGGCAACAUCAGUCCAUCAUCGUGGCCGCAAGCACCCGUGCCGAGAUGGACAAGUGGACCGAGGACAUUCAGAUGGCCAUCGACCUGGCCGAGAAGAGCAGCGGCCCCGCACCCGAGCUGCUGGCCAGCAGCCCCCCUGACAGCAAGUCUCCUGAUGAGCCCCCUGUAGACCAGGAAUCUGAGGACGACCUCAGCGCCUCGCGCACCUCCCUGGAGCGGCAGGCCCCGCAGCGGGGCAACACCACGGUGCACGUCUGCUGGCACCGGAACACCAGCGUCUCCAUGGUCGACUUCAGCAUUGCCGUGGAGAACCAGCUGUCUGGAAAUCUCCUAAGAAAGUUCAAAAACAGUAACGGGUGGCAGAAGCUUUGGGUGGUAUUCACCAACUUCUGCAUGUUCUUCUAUAAAUCGCAUCAGGACAAUCAUCCUUUAGCCAGCCUUCCUUUACUGGGAUAUUCACUUACCAUUCCUUCCGAAUCUGAAAACAUUCACAAAGAUUACGUGUUCAAGCUGCAUUUCAAAUCCCACGUGUACUAUUUCAGGGCUGAAAGUGAAUACACAUUUGAAAGAUGGAUGGAAGUGAUCCGAAGUGCCACCAGCUCUGCCUCACGCACCCGUGCCCUGAGCCACAGGGAGCCUCACGCCUAUUGACAGCGACACAGGCGCCGUGGGCAUCGCCCAACGCUGCCCGUUUUCUAGAGGACGUUUUAAACUCUUUUCUCCCUCCAACUUUAGUAAAACCUAACGUUUGUUUUAAAAAAGAAAAAGGAAAAAAAAAAAGCAGCAACAAAGUAUGGUUUUGCAGAAACCUUCACGACUCCCUCAGCAAAACUGUUUAGGUUUUUCCAUAUGGUCAAAAUAGCUUAUCAGGAUCCCAGUGGCUGCCGUUAGUUUCAUGUCUUGUAUUUUGUCAUUCUGUGCUGUUUUUAGCUUGUGCCAGUAUUAAAAUAUUGUCCUUAUUAGAGUGCCAAAUGCCAAAAGACGUUUUGUUGCCUCAAAGAUUGCACCUAAAAAACUCAACAGAGUCACAACCUGAGAACUUUCUCCUGUGAGGCAAACAUUAUUUCUUCUCUUUUCAUAAAAAUAUAUUAUUUUUUUUACCAUGUUAAUCUGUAGACUGCUGGAUUUUUAAAUGUAGAUGGACUUCCACAGUAUAGAAUAUAAUUAUAUAUACAGUCUAACAGGAAUGAGAUAACUUUCAGAUUUCUUUUUUUUCCAGUCUUUCUACAUUUAAUCAAUGAGGAAUUGCUAAUUUUCUAUCUUUAACGAAAACAGUUUACAGCUCAAUCUCAUUUCCCUUUAGGGUUACAUAUACAUGUGGUAUAAAUAAACUCUAGGAUUCUUAUCUAACCAUUUUUUGGUGCAAGUUGACCAAAUUGUUCAUCUGUUGGCUUUGAAAAGUGAGUACUACUUGCGAGAUGAAACUUUUUUUUUUUUUUAAUGAUCCAGUGCAAUAUUAUUCGGGCUGUUAAUGUACUGUGAAUGGUAUGUACAAGGAGAAAUUAAAGGCUGUGGUGACGUUC